CACACACAGACACUAGAAAAGCGGUGACAGCAACCUUUGUGAAAGACCACAACCCAUACCUGCUGAAUAUACAACAUACUCUACACACAUGGCUGAAGAACAGCGAAAGCUCUUGGAGCAGUUGAUGGGGCGCGACGCAUUGAUCAACCCGUCGCGCCAAAGACGUGACCCGUCGCUCACAGACACGCGUGUGUGUAAAUCGUUCAUCGUGGGCACGUGCCCGCACGACCUCUUUCUUGGGACAAAGCAGGACUUUGGAAAGUGUCCGAAGUUUCACUUGGAGAAGCACAAGAUGGAGUAUGAGGCGCUCCGAAAACAGGGCCAUCGGUUCCCCGAGUUCGACUACGAGUACACGCGCGACUUGGAGCAGUACAUUAACGACUGCAACCGCAAAAUCGAGGUGGCUCUACAGCGCUUGGAGCACACGCCGGAGGAGAAAGUGAAGAUUGCACACGUCACGCAGGAGCUCGAUAACUUGGAUGCCAAGAUCGGGCUCAUGACCCAGGAGAUCCAGAUGCUCAGCACCCACCAGGAACUCACCAAGGCACUCCUCGAAUCGGUAAAGUUAAACGCGUUGUGCCAGGAGCGCGAGCAGUUGGCAGAGCUGGCACGCGAUAUUGCUGACAACAUCGGUCAGGCGUCGCAGCAAAAAUUGCAAGUGUGCGAAAUGUGCGGCGCGUAUUUAUCGCGAUUGGACAGCGACCGGCGGUUGGCGGAUCACUUCAUCGGGAAGAUUCAUUUGGGGUAUGUCCAUAUGCGGCGCGCGUUGGACGAGAUGCGCUCAAAGGUUGGAAGAAGAUACUGAAGAAGUUUGGAGAAAUGAAAGGUGUCGGAAGGGUCUGGGUGCUAUUGAAUGCUGUGCAGACCGGUAUUGUACCGGCCAAAUUGAACAUAUAGAGGAUGGUACUAGAUGGGGCUAUCUUUGAAAAUGGUUGUGAAUACCCCCCAGUGACGGGUACUGAUAGAAAUAUUGCUUAAGGAAAACACAAGCCACGGACAAAUAAAACUGGACUUAGACAUGUUGUGGAA